UAUCUUACGACACUUCCAGGUGUACUUGAAGGCGACAUGCCCGUAUGUUGAUCCCGGCCCUCUGCUGGAUGUGGCGGGAACAACCAGUACAACCAACCGGCCCCCCACCGGCCCCGUUGUCAAGGAACUGCGUCCCCGGUUGCUAUCAUGGAGGAAGACUGUACACAGACAGACUGAGGUGAAGCAGCUGGAGAAGUCCACACUUAGCCCAGUUAUUUCUGACUUUCUUUUAACCGACAAGAGAGGCGGUCAUUCUUCAGGAGAAGUUGCUGCGAUGUGGAUCCGAGCAUGUUUCUCUUCUUCGUCCUGAAGAUGGUUGAAGGAGUUUGACCGGAGAACCGCUGACGUUAGAAUCGCUGACGUUAGAACCGCUGACGUUAACGUUAGCAGCUAAAGCAGGACCCAACCAGCCGAGUUAGCAACCAGCUAGCAGCUCUGCAGCUCUGCAGGGAGCUGUAACUGGAUGUCUGCCCGCUGUCAACAAGGACCUGCAGCCUCGGAGGAUGCAAGUUGUUCAAGGCAACUUCUUCUUCCACUCGAAUUCGAGGCUGGGAGCUGAUGGAGGCCUCGAAGCUGAGAGACAACUUUUGGUUGAAGAGCAGAAGUCAUGCAGGUCCCGAGCUCGCAAGUUCUCCCUGGAGACCAACCGACGCAGGAAGGCUCUGGAGGAGAGACGGAAGCAGUGGGACGUGCAGGAGCAACGGCUGAUAGAGAACAUCCUUAAGCAACGCAGACAUCGAGUACAGGAUGCGACGGAGCGCUUCCAAAGAGCCCAUUUACCUCCUUCUCAGAGACGCAGACAAUCUUUUAGAAGAAAUGUCCCAAACAUUGAAGAUGCGCUCAAUCAAAUUCAAGGCUCCUUGAGUUUAUACACCCGGCAGUCCUCCUUCUUGUCCAGCAACUCUAACGUUAGCAGAAGCUGCACUCCCUCUCCCAAGCCUCCCACAGUUUCUAAAUCCUCCCACCGUCAAGCCCUCUCUGCUGUGGAGGCCUACACGAAACUGCUCCAGGAGCAGAGCAUGACUUGCUUCAAGAGCAGUCAACAAACUGAAAAGACACAAGAGAAGCAGACAAAAGAUCACAGUCCUCAGGACAGUCAACUGUCUGAUUGCUGUAAUUCUGAAAGCCUUUCAAGUAAGGACAGUUUGGAGAAUGAGGAGCCCAACCACAGCACAAAAAAUCUACAGUAUCCCUAUUCAUCGUUCUGGUUUGACUCAAAGAAGCCCCAUCCAGACCUGACGAAGCAAAAUGAUUUGUGUCCCACAUCAGACAUGACUUCUUUCUCUGCAAUGAUGCUUCUUGGUGAUAACUUACCCCAAUCAAGAAAACUGCAAGAACAUAAACAGAAAAGACAAGAGGACUGUGAGGGGCCUAACAAUGAGAUGCACAUUUCUAAAGCUUCUUGGUUCACAUCUGUUGAGCAAACACCUAAAACAGAGAGCCAGCCUGCUCUGCACAACGGCAACUUAUUAACUCUUUGUGAAAUGAUUAGUGAACACCCAGAGCACUUUGAGGUAAACUCCUCACAAAACAGUCCCAGUGACAACAUCGCCGCUACAAAUAGCAACAAAGCACUCCAGUCUUUGUGUCCUAAACAAAAGGCUCUGUUGGAUCUCGGGCAGAAGGGUGUCCAUGAUGACAGACAAUUAAAACAUCCAUCAGCUACAGAAAUUCUUUUGCCUGCCAAAAAUGGCAAUAGCAAAGACAUUUUAUUUGGGGCUCCCCCAAAGCCCAAUAUUUUCUUGAACGAUAGCACGACAGAUAAUGCCUCACAAGAAGGAACUCUUCAGCAAACAGGAAAAGAGAACCACAAUCUGUCAUCCCAGAGAGAGCCUAGUGCUUCCAUAAACAACCUCAAUAAGGUUUCAAAUCCAGAGCCCAAAACUGAGAAGCCUGUUAAUGCAGCAUCGCUGCAAAACACAUGCCUUUCAAACAUUCAAUCAGACACUCUUAAGUGCCUUAAGUGUCCUGAGGGGGCAGUGCAAAAUAUGCCUGUUUCAGUGAGGACACCUCAUUCAGUGUGUGGAGUCAGAUUCAUUAAAGGAAUCCUUAAAAAGCAGUCCAAAUAUAUGCCAGGAGAUACCGCGUGUGUGUACGGCGCAGGACAUUUGACCUUUGCAAAACAAGUAGCUUUAGCGAUCAGAGACAGUGUCGAAUUGACUCGGACAAAAACUAAGGAUGUGGAGGGCAACAGCACCGUCAAAAAGAAGCUACGCUGGUUCGAUGAGGUCCAUGUGGAACAAGAGGACAAAGAACAGAACAUAAUGAAACAGAUGAAAGGCAAAUCUUUCAAUCUCUCUCACUCAAAUGACAACUCAGAGGACCACCGGCUAAGUCUCACCACAGUCUCAGGGGCUUCCAAGUCUGGACCCGGCGUGACCCCUCCAGCCUCCACUGGUUAUCACUUUACAAAGCAAGCGUGGGCAGAUGUUGGGGUUCAAGUCAGCUUGCCCCAAGAACGAGCGGACGAGGUCAAGGUGCCGCGGAGCAGUACCAGGACCAGUGGCCCCAAGGUCCCUCGGAGGGAGCGCUCUGCCAGAGCCGGAGCGGGUCCAGUUUCCUCGCGGACUAGAAAGGGCACCGUCAUACGACCUCAAUCUGCCACCGAGGUGAGUCAGAUUGCCAAAACCCAAGGGAAGAUCAUGGUACCCCGCCCACCUCCUAGGAUGGAAUCGGAAAAGACGGCAAACACUAAGACUCCAUAUGGCGUGGAUCAUGCUGGUGUCAAAUGUAAACAAGCUCUGGCUGAGCAGGCCCUGCACAAGGACAACUCAGAAGGCUUUUUCUCACCUUACACACAUAAUGUCAUUACAGCAGAUAGUGCUGUUAUGCACACGGCCCUGCCUCCCUCGUAUACCUACACAAUCUCAAAGGGCACGCCCAGCUCCGGUCAUCAGGACACUCAGGGCUGCAGCAGAAGAAGAGGGGUGGUGUACAAUGAAAAAGGCCUCUGUUUAGACUGCACUCCCACAGAUGAGGAGAUCUCACAGCUCUGGCACGGUGUCCGCAGUGCCUUAGCCACCAAGGACGCAAAAGCCAUGCUGGGAAGACAGGCCGUGGACGGUGGGCGAGUUGUGAGGAAACCCUGCGUGGAGCAGAGCAGACAGCCUCCCGGCUCAGGGAGCAGAAGGCUUCCUCAGCCAACAAAACCGACCACAGAGCCAGUAAGACUGUUUUCCAGUACUUACAACAUGGCCUUUGCAGAUGAAGGGUUGGUGAGUGCAGCCCAGUUACACCUGGCUGAAGUACAUGCUGGAGGCCAACUGGAAGAAGCGGAUAUUGUGGCUGCCGUGGAAACAGCCCAAACACAGAGGCCUGGCACAGUGAAGCAGCGCAGCCCACAGCAGGGACUCACUGCCAUUUCCAUGGAAGAGCAUAAAAUCCUCCUGUCUCUGGACAGACUCAACCACCAGCUGCACUGUGUGCGGGAACACGUGGGGGGUAAUACUGGCACGUGUGGUUUCGUACUUAUUGAUGCGCCCUCUACGAGGGAAGUGAAAGUCACAAACCAUCACAAGCAUCGUGCAUCCUCAGCUCCCAACCGCUCUCGGUACCAGAAGAAAUACUGACUUACAGCGUGUGUGGUCCACAGUGGUCUUCUCUCCCAUCAGUGCAUUAUACCUGUCCUGUCACACUGUAUAACCAACCACUUUAUUGCCUCGUAAAAUGAAGUUUAGUCAUAUGCACGCUUGUGUAUCUUCAAGAUCUAAGAGAUCAGCAGCAAUGGACUGUAAAGGCAAUAAAACAUAUCAGCAAAAUUAGACUUUUUAAGUUGGUGAGUUGAAAUUAGUUUUGUAUUUUUGCCAUCUGCUUGGACAAAAACACAUUACUAAAAGACAUUUUAGCUUUUGUUAAGCAAUCAAAUUCAAAGUGCCUUUAAAAAAUGAUCAAUUUGUUUUUUUAAUUCACAAAUGAAAAAAAAGACACGUGACCAGAAUUACCUGCAAAAAUAUACACUGUAGAUUUAUAUAAGAUUUAUUUUCAAAGCUGUCUCAUUCUGUAUUUAUUUUAUAUAGUAAAACUAUUAUCUAAUGGAAACUAUUUUGGGACCAGUGUUGACAGUGAACUAAAUAAAGCUUGUUGUCAAGUACUGAUAAA